AUGUCACAUUUAAAGAAGAAUAAGUAAUAGUUGAAAAGUAUCUAAGAAUUGCCUAAUAGGAAAUCAAUUAAGAUUAAAAACAAAAAUAAUAAUUUUAAGUAGAAGGAUUAAAUCAUGUAGUACUGCAAUAAUAUAUUGAAAAUAAAUUUACAGAUAGCAAAUAGUUUAAAUUUCUUAAUGGAAAUGCUUUAAAUCAGUCUAUAUAUGAAUUUUAGAUUUCUUAUUAAAAUUAGAAAUGGAGGUGUAAAUAUAUUAAUUAUACAGAAUAAGAAAAACCUGUCAUAUGUUUAAUUUGAUCAAUAAUGUAAUAGUCUAGGAUGACUUCUUGUAUUUGAUUAAUUAUUUAAAAGAGAUAUUAGAUCAUUCUGCAUUUAAUUAAAAAUUAAAACUCUUUCUAUAGUUUUCGGAUGUUCAAGUGAACAAAAAGUAUUUGAGUUGUUAUGUUGAUAAAAGAUCAGGAGGGAGACACAAGGUAUGAUAUAAGAUUUAUAAAGAGAGCUAAUUGUCGAGAAAGAUUAACUUGUUGUCAUUAAUAAUUUUAGAAGAGAUUUUUAACAUUAACUUGUGAAGGGAUAUGUUUGAGUUAUGAAUAAUUUGGUGAGCUAUCAAGAAUAAGAGAUAUGAUACUUUUUGAUUAAAGUUUUAUGAUUCAUUAUGGAAAGAAAUAAACUGGUUAGAAAUAUGGAAUAGUAUUUAAGAAUAACACAAGAAAUUUAUUGAUCAGAUGUUAUAAUGAAUUUGAAUUUAUAGAUCUAGUAGUUUAAACUUAGAUAGUUUUUAAUUAGAGUUAGUCAAUAAAGAAGAAUGCUUUUGAUUCUUUUUCACCUAUAAGAAAUAGAAACUAUGCAAAAUAUUUUAUAGAUGGCCAUAGUUAUUUUGAUUAAUUAAGAUAGGAUAUUGAAGCUGCUAAAGAAGAAAUUUUUAUAACUGAUUGGUGGCUAUCUCCAGAGCUAUAUCUAAAGAGACCCUCACAUGAAAACGAAUAAUUUAGAUUAGAUAAAUUGUUACAGUAAAAGGCGAUAGAAGGUGUAAAAAUAUAUUCAAUUGUUUAUAAUGAGCCUAAGUUAGCAUUAACAAUCAAUUCAUAAUAUACUUAGACUAAACUGAAUAGUUUGCAUUCAAAUAUCUCUGUAUUAAGACAUCCUAAUAGUGUAAUUCCAAUGUUAUGGUCUCAUCACGAAAAAAUUGUAGUAAUAGAUUAAUAAAUUGCUUAUUUGGGUGGAUUAGAUCUAUGUUAUGGAAGGUAUGAUACUUAGUCUCAUCCUUUAUUUGAAGAAUAUAAAGGUCAAUUUCCAGGAUGUGAUUAUUCAAAUAGUCGUAUUGCUGAUUUUAGAGAUGUAACAAACUUUAAGUAAUCUGAUAUAAACAGAGAUGAAGUUCCAAGAAUGCCUUGGCAUGAUGUUUAAAUUAAAAUUGUUGGAGGGUCUGUUAGGGAUGUAGCUAAGCAUUUUGUAUAGUACUGGAAUUUUGUUUUAGUUGACCUUACAAAAAAAAAUUAAUAUGAUGUACUCUAAUUAUCUGAUAAUUUGGAAUCACUCAAUAGAUGGGAUAGAUAUAAAUUGAAAUUGUCUUAGAUAUCUUCUAGAUUAGAAAAUUUCUUAUUAUCUAAAUUACAUCUAUCUCAUGAGAAUAAUUAAUAUCAAUAGUAAUAAACUCCUGAAUCAAGUCUAGCAUCACCAAAUCAAAUUAAUUAAAAUGUACAAGUUUAAUUAGUUCAAUCUUAAAUCUAAAUUAAAUCUAAUUAAAAUGAUGAAAAAUUAAGCUAUAUUAAAGAAGAAAAGCAAAGAACUAAAAGUGCUUCAUUCUAUAUGGUUAAAGAAGGCUUCUAAAUUGAAGAGGAUAUUUUAAAUGCAAUGAAUAAAUAAUCAUAAAUUGAAGAUUCUAAUUAUUUAUUUAAAGCCAAAAAAAGAACUCCAUCUUUUUAGUAAGCAGAUAAACCAUAAAUUAAUAAUGAGAAAAUUAAAUUAGAUAUAAGAAAGACAUCUAAAACUGGAACUUGCUCUAUCUAAAUUUUAAGAUCUGCUAACAAAUGGUCACUUGGAUUAUCCAAAAAUCAUACAGAAAAUUCUAUCUAAAAAGCCAUGAUACAUUUAAUUUAACAUUCGUAAUACUACAUUUACAUUGAAAAUUAAUUCUUUAUGACUUCAUUAGCUGGAGAACCUUUGCUUAAUCCAGUUGGUCUAGCUAUUGUAUAAAGAAUUAAGCAGGCUUAUUAUAAUUAAUAGCAAUUUCAUAUUAUGUUAGUAUUACCUUUGUUACCAGGUUUCGAAGGAGAAAUUGAUGACAAUAAUGCUAACCUUAUGAAAUUAUAACUUCAUUAUGAAUACUUAAGCCUUUGCAGAGGAGGAUAAUCAUUAAUUGAAUAAUUAAAAGACAUUCCUAAUAUUAAUUCCUAUUUAACUAUUACAGGAUUAAGAAAUCAUGGAAUAAAUUCUAAAGGACAACCUAAAACAGAAAUUGUAUACGUUCAUACAAAAUUAAUGAUUAUUGAUGAUUCUGUAGUAUUAUGUGGUUCAGCUAAUAUUAAUGAUCGAAGCUUAAAAGGCUCAAGAGAUUCAGAAAUUGCAGUUUUAAUUGAAGAUUAGAUUCAAAUUGGUGAAGGAAGAAGAUUUGCAUAUGAUUUAAGGAGAGAUUUAUAUAUUGAACACUUUGGGAUAACUGAUUAUCGAUAACCCAACCAUCCUGACUUAAUUUAAUAGAUAUAAUUGUAAAUUAGAGUAAUAAUUACUUUUUAUUAUCAAUAGAAUAACACAUUAUUAUAUAGAAAAAUAUUCGCUUGCUAUCCUGAUGAUACCGUUAUAACUUUUAAAUAAUUUAAAUAAUUUAAGUCCUCUGCUAAUUUAUAAAGCUACUUCGCUUUAUAACAAGAAAUUAUAGGAUAUGGUGUUGAAUGGCCACUUGAAUUUUUAAAAGAAGAAUCUCUAAAGCUUCCAGUAUUUGCUAAAGAAGUUUUAGUUCCAGAUAUCAAUUUCACAUGA